CAUCGGAUAGAAUGAAAUCUUACCAAAACGUCAUGACAGUUGAAAAUCUCCGUGGUCAGCGAGUUUUAAAAUCGUUCUUAAUGCCAGAUGAAGAAUCAAGGAUCGAAAUUUUCGCUAAAAAUAUACCUCAAAAUCUGGACGAAGAUGACAUAGUGCCAUUUUUCGAAUGUGUAGGACCUCUGCAUUGUUUGAGAUUAAUGAUGAAUCACACCAACGAAGGAAACAGAGGCUUCGCUUAUAUCACAUACUUGAACAGUCAAGAUGCUCAUUUGGCUGUCAAAUAUUUGGAUGGUAAAGAAAUCACUCCAGGUAACCCUGUGAAGGUGUCAAUUUCCAUGAACAACUGCAGAAUAUUCGUUGGGGGAAUCCCAGUUCAAAAAACGAAAGAUGAGGUUUGGCAGGAGCUGGUCAAAAAAGGAAUUACAGGACUUGUGGAUGUCAUCAUGUAUAGAUCCUACUCCAACAGGUCUGAAAACAGAGGUUUCGUUUUCGUUGAGUUUCCAACACAUCAGUACGCUGCAAAGAUGAGAAACAAGAUGAUGAACAUGAAUCUUUGGAACAAAGAAAUUAUCGUCGAUUGGUCUGUACCUGAACCUGUGGUAGGUGAAGAAGAAAUGAAGAAGGUCAAAAUUCUCUACCUCAGAAACCUUCCCGUUGUAGAAACAAGGGAAUAUCUGAAGGAACUAAUUAAAAAUUAUGUUAAAUCUGAGUUCGUAGAGAAAGUUUACAAAUUCAAGAAUUAUGCCUUCAUCCACUUGGCUUCUAGAGAAAUAGCACUGGAACUUUUGUUUUCUUUGAAAGAUCAUUAUCGAAAUACCCCAGUUGAAGUUGUUUUCGCCAAGCCAUGCACUGAGUAUACAAAACCAGAAUUUCGGAAAAAAAUGUUGACGAGAGCUUCUGAUCGUAGUUACCGAAGACCAGAGAGUACUCAUUCCUCUUGGGGCCAACCGAGAUCACUAGAUGACUUCACAAAGGACAAUUGGAUGUUUCAUCAUCAAUUAUCUCCUUCCACAUCAGACAUGACCGAUUUCGAAAAACUAAGUAGGGAAUUAAAUCAAUAUCUGAAUAUUGAUUAUUCGAAUGCCUCUGGAAGUUUGUCAGAAAUGGAACAUAGCGAUGCCUUCAGAUCUUCUACUCUUAUGCUAAACUCGCUGCUUAAUCGAGUUGAUUAUUCAAGGGAGCAAGAUCCAUUAGGGACUUAUGGGAGGUCAUCAUCUUCAGAACCAAAAGCGGUACCCAGUUCAAUCUGGAACCUGGAAGAAGCUUCCAAUCCUAUGAAAAUAUUACAAACUGAAAGGAUGAUUCCAGAGAGAUUGCCCAAUAAUGCUGAAUUUCUGUAUGAAUUACCGAAAUUCAAGGAAGACACAGAAAAUAGGCAACGCUGGCAGCGUUCACGUUCAAAUAUAUCUCCAUUUAAACCAGAUCUGACCAACGGAAAAGAAGUUCCAACUGCUGAGUAUCAAUAUACUUGGCCAACUUUUCCCUACACCUGGGGUUCUAGCAGUAAGGAACCAUUGGAUUGAUAUGAUAUCUUACAGAUUUUUGAAUUAAUCAAUUGCUAACAGUUCUUUCAAUUUAUUAUCUUUCUUCUGAUUUAACUUUGUUUAAACAUCAUUAAUUUGCCUCUUAAUUUUUUGAAUUUAGUUUUAGAGAUCUUUUGUGUGACCCUGCAAUUUGAACUACUGAAUAUUUUGUUGAUCAAAAUUCUCAUAUAAGUUCAUAGAUUCAAUUGCUAAAGUUUGGAUAAUUUAGAUGAGUUCAUAUUCAUAAA